AUUUUUGCCAAGUGUUUGUCGUAUUUUUGCCGAUUGCAUGUUUGUCUUUCUACUUUUUAGUACGUAAAGAUAGUAGGCGCGCGGUCCCCUCGCUUACUAAAUCGAACGUUUUAUUCUGGGUGGUGAUUCUUAGGGGUAACAAUAUUGCCCCCUUCUCGUUUUAUACUGCACUGUUAGUUUCAGCGAGUCGUUUUAACUCCAAAAAGGGAUGAAAAAUCGAGGUACAAAAUGACUCCCUUUCUGCAGAAAUUUACGUGUCAGGCUUGUGGUCAUUAUCCCCUUCUUUUACUUAACACAAUCACUUAUUUAAUUUGGGGGGCGUGUCGGUGUUCCUAUGUGUCUUGUCAUGACGAAUGACUGUCUGCCUUGUAGGUAUAUCGUCAUGUCGGUCUAUAUCGUGCUCGUCCUGUAUGUGAUCGGUGUUCCUAUGUGUCAUGUCAUGACGAAUGACUGUCUGCCUUGUAGGUAUAUCGUCAUGUCGGUCUAUCUCGUGUUCGUCCUGUAUGUGAUCGGUGUUCCUAUGUGUCUUGUUUGACGGAUGACUGUCUGCCUUAUAGGUAUAUCGUCAUGUCGGUCUAUAUCGUGCUCGUCCUGUAUGUGAUCGGUGUUCCUAUGUGUCAUGUCAUGACGAAUGACUGUCUGCCUUGUAGGUAUAUCGGCAUGUCGGUCUAUAACGUGUUCGUCCUGUGUGUGAUCGGCGUGCCUAUGUUUUUGGUGAUGAGAGAUCAUCCGGACGCAUGUAACGCCAUCGUGGCCAUCUCUAUCAUCUUCUGCACGUCAAUCACACUCUGCCUCGUUUUCAUUCCGAAGGUGAUGGAGAUGCGUCGGAUGAUGGCGGUGGGAGGGCGACCUGAGAAUGUGUUCACAUCUAAUUCCCUGGCGCGCGCCAACCUCCAUCUGAAUACGAUGGGGACGAUAGACGAGCUCAACCGACAGCUCGCAGACUUCAAGGCAAAGCUAUCUAAGCGUGCUGUUCGGAAUUCCAGUCAAUCUCUUAAAAGAUAACUUUUUCUAGAGUGAAACAGAGGCCGAGACUCUAAGACAGCGCUUGCGGCAUUACGAAGAGGGGCCUUCUGCAUCUAUUGCGAGCACGAGCGAAACAACAGGCGAAGAUAGCGCCGCUACCGCCACCGCGGAAACAUGUGGCCAGAACAGUGAGCAAAAUGCGGAGGAGCUAAACAAUACAGAGAGACGCUCCGCUAGAGGUACAUAGACAAUCCAAAUAAGAGCUAAGAGGCAACAAGGAGGCAACAUGGACGAUACUAAGAAGAGUCCUUACAGACUCACAGAGGCAACACGGACGAUACUAAAAAGAUGGCAACAGUUUGCAACAUGGACGUUACUGUGAAGAGCUCGUGGAGGAAACAUAAACGAUAGCAAGUAGAACUA